UUAUUACAAAUACAAAUAGUUCGGCAUUACUUUGUCGUUUGAAAUGUAAAUUUCAUGGUCCUCCAUUAAAUGAAAACGUUGCAUCACAAGUUUCUUGUGCAGUGAGAAUUUUAUCCCGUCAGCUUAAAAUUGGGUAAACUCAUUGAGAUCGAAUUUCAAAAAUGAAGAGCAAGUUGUUUCAAUGUUCGCUGAUCUUCGUGGCAUUUUUCUUCCAAGUCACGGGGGCAAAAACAUUGAAAGAAAAGUGUCCAAAACUGCGAGCUGCUCACAUAGACGACAAGAUGCUUUCAGGCCGCUGGUUUGUGGCGCUGAGGUCUAGUUCGGACCUCAUUGUCGAUCAGGAGGUGACCACCUGCAUAUUUGAGGAGUUAUCUCUUACCGGCAACAAAGGCCAAUGGACAUUGCGCAUGAACGGUACUGGCUUCAGUACAUCAAGUCAGAAAUUCUUCAGCAGCGUCAUCGAAGGACAUCAAAGUGUUGCCAGCAGAUCCGACCACGGAUCUUUCCUCAUGUCCGCUUCGGAGUUCCCCGAGAUCCCUGAAUACAAUUUACUUGUCCUGUAUCUUGAUCAGGAAAUUUGUAUUAUCUAUUCUUGCGUUAUGCUUGAAAAUGUUCCCGCUGAAGUGAUCUGGGUCCUGUCUAGGGCGCGUCAUCCACAAAUUGCCGAUGUCGAGCAAAUGGAACAAAAACUGAAGUCGUUCAAGCCGGAUCAUCUAGACCUGAUCGCAAUUGACCAAUACGAUUGCCAAGAACCUCACUUCGGAGGAUCUGAAAGCGAUACUGAAUAUUCAGAAAACAAAAGGCACAAGUUUUUGUCUCUUCGUCAGAAAGAGAUUAAGACCGAAACGGAAGAAGAUGAUGAGAAGCAAAGGGAUACAACAGAUUGGCAGACAUGUGUCCUGAUCGCGGAGUCCCUAGCCGAGAUUCGUGCAUGCCUUCAAAGAAUUCAUUGAUGAGCAAAGCGUACUAAAAAUCUUCAAUAUUCGGUUUUUGGCGGAAAAUGAAAUUGAAAGACGGCUGAAAUUUGACUCAAGGCUGAAAUUCCACAAUAAAUAAUUUAUCAUUAAAUAAAUCGGCUUAUCAAAAGACUGUAUGUGA